UGAAUAUUGUUGAUGGCCUGUUUGUAGCUUAAAUAUUAAAAGACGAUUUUUAAUCGUUAUAGCAACGAUUAUAUGUUGUUUUCACAUUCUUUCAUAUAGACCCUCAGUAGAAUUUUUUAUAUUACGUCUAUUGCGAACCGAAAUUGAAAAAUUUACAGUCCAGCUUUCAUAGUAUGCAAAAAGGGAUUAACGAAGUUAAAGGGGUUAAUUUGGGUAGCAGUUCUGAUAGUGACAGGCUACAUCUAAACCAUCUAGAUUACUUGAAUUUACCGCCGUUUUAUUCUACAACUGCAAGAAAACAAAGAAAUAAAAGAAUUCGAAAAGGUAUUUCUGUAGGAAAUCUUAUUAAUAAUUUCAGACAUAAACCUUAUCGCGAUCGCCGUAAGAACUCCUGUCAACACACUUCUGAUCCUGAAGGAGAGACGACAUCAGAAGAUCCUGAGAACAGCCAUCGAAAAUUGUCCAAAAGGAAUUUUAAUCUAAGAAGUAGAGGAAGAUUGUCCAAUAAGUGUAAAAAAAACCUCGACAAGGAGAAAUUGGUAUUACUCUAUUCUAACAGGCAGGCGGAUUAUUGUAGAGAGGGAUCUGGCGACGCAGUGCCCUUUAGGAGCAAAAAGUACGGAAAUAAAUCCAAAGAGGCCAAAACUUGUCCGAAAAAGUUCGAAAUGACUAACAGAAGUGCGAGGAAGAAGUCCAAUGAGAUGAAUGCCGUUGAGGCCGGGGCUUUCCCGUUUAAGGUUACGCCGAGUGGUAACUUCAAAGUCAACUCCCAACAGGUUGUAUUUGAAAGUCAAAAAUUAAGUGUGUUGGUGGCAGAUCCCCAGCAUACAAAAGUCAAUAUUCACCCGGAAACUCCAAGUGGCCCAACUUCCACACUCCACGACGUAGAACCGUCUCAUAACAAGGUCACACACAAAAAUGUCAUGGAUUCUGUCGGUCCCUUCGGUGGCAGUUUGGGAUCAUUUAUAGCAAGCACCACGCCAGUAAGGAAAGAAAAAGAAUCACCGGAAUACGAAGGGAAAGACACUAACGAAAUACUAGAUCCGGAAUUGAAUUUAGUUAGACUGGGAUACUCGUCAGGAGAACCAAUUGAUUGGGCAGAAGUCAAACUACCUGAUAAAACUAAUUUGUAUUUGGAACUCUAUCAGCGUAUCACUAAUUAUACAAAUGCUGAUUGUAUAGUGUAUAUCGACAACGAAGAAUUCAAUUGUCAUCUGAUCGUGUUGCAAUGUUACUCUCAAGUUUUUGAUUCGUAUAUUGCAGUAAAAAAAGUAGAAUUGCCAUCGGACAAAGUGAGUCCUGGUGCGUUUGCCUUUAUUUAUGAGUGGAUGUUAUCCGGGGAACCAUCUUACAAAGAACUAAAUCGAGAAAAUGUUUUAGAGAUCUUUAAUGCAGCAAAAUAUCUUAAAAUAAAAGAUUUAAUGGAACAAUGUUGGGCUCUGAUUGAUAAUAUAGAAGUUUUCACUGAAGAUACCGCAUUUUUGCUUUAUGCUGAUGCCAACGAUAAAAAUUUGCACGACGUGAUGGAACUGAUGCUUCCAAGAAUACAAAAAUUCUUUUUAAUGCUAGUUAGUUCUCAAGAUUGGCUUGAUCUCGAGAAAGAAGACAUCAAAGCCUUUUUAAACUCUAAUUAUAUUUGCGUCAAUUGUGAGAUGGAGGUGUUUAUGUCAGCAGUAAGGUGGCUGAGACAUGACUGGGAAAAUAGAAGUGAUUACAUUCUGGAAAUAAUGGAAUGUGUAAGGUUCGGAAACAUAGCCCCUUGGCAGUUAAUUGAUAUCAAAAGGAAUCCGGAAAAUCCAGAAUUUAUUACCCUUGCUCAAUUACCAAGAAUAUGUAAAAUGAUUGAUGAUGGACUCGCGUUUGUGAUUAUUAAGUACUGGUACGGCCAAGAAAAUGACGACUUUUUACACUGGAAUCACAUUCUUGGUUUAAAAGAACCUCCCCCAAGAAAUUGGAGUGGACAUGACAAAACCUACUUCACCUACAGAGAAUUUCUCAUCUAUUUAGAUCAAUACAGGCGUAAUCAGAUGAUGGAAAAGACAAAACCGAAACCUACCAAGAAGUUCCAAGCUGCUAUAGGAGACGCCAAGCCAACCCAAAGCAAAUCACCGGAUCGUAUCCCACCGAGGGUACCAACCAUGGACGAAUUUCUUUCCACCAGAAAAAUGAGUAAGGACAAACUGGCUCCUGUCUACCAAAAUAUGCUCCCUCCAAAUCAUCCUCGAAAAGUGACGACUGGUAGGUGUACGCCGAGAGGAAAAAUGAAAUUUAAAAUUUUCCCCGACAAUUACAUGGAGAGACAUGAGGCUGCCACUAAAAUACAAGCCGCUUUCCGUGGAUACUUGGCGAGAAAAACGAUGAGAAAAUAUUUAUCUCAGCUUUUGAAUUAUAGACGGAUUGAUAACAUGCAGAAGAAAAUUUCUUUAAGUACGAAACAUCAAACAUCGCAAAAGAAAACCAAAGUAAAUAUUUUGGAAAAAUUCAACAACUUUCGAAGUCGAUUUAAUGUUAGCAGUCAAUUAAAAAACGCAAUUGUAUCAUCCCUGUUAAUUCCUGAUAAAGAAGCGGUAUUGGUUUUUGGAGGGAUUGACCCCCACAAGACUUACGGUGAAGGAAAAAAUACAGGCAAGGAUGUGUACAGGUAUUUACCAGAUGAAAAUGUCUGGGAGCACGUUGGCAAUUUGCCUGAACCUAGACACCAUCACGGAGCUGCAUUUUUAAAAGGAAGGGUUUAUAUUUGCGGAGGUGCUGACCCAAGAGACGACGAUUCAAGAGGAAGAUCUAUUGUCGUGGAUACAGUGUGGAGUUUCGAACCAGUAACAAGAUGUUGGUACAAUGAAGGUAGCCUUAUAAUUCCACGUAAGAAUUUUGGAUUGAUUGCUGCUAGCAACGGUAUUUAUGCAAUUGGCGGCCAAGAUAAAGAAGGAAGUGAUGCUUUUAGAACUCUUGCACUGGUCGAACGAUUCAAACCAGAAAUAGGUAAAUGGGAAGAAUUAUCACCAAUGCAAAGUCCAAAAAUGGGUGUGGGAUGUACAAAAUUUAAGGAAUAUAUUUGGGUAGCAGGAGGAAUGUCUGGAUCAAAACGUAAACCUCUCUCAGACGUCGUUGAAUGUUACGAUAUUCAACAAGAUCAAUGGACUGAAAUUACAAGACUGCGUUUUCCAAGAUGUUUCGGCCAUUUAUUUGCUUCGUCGAAUUGCCUAUUUAUCAUAGGCGGUGCUGGGAAAAUUGACGGUAGCAAUAAGUCUACCAGCGUUCCAACCAUCGAUGUACUCGAUCCAAACGUGAUGGAAUGGCAUCAUCUUACUGAUAUGUCCAUACCUCGACAUGGUCAUGCUAUAGCUUAUUUGGGAACGCAGAUAUUUGUUAUUGGGGGUGUUACUACCCUGUAUAUGAGAGCCCUAAGUAACAUUGAGUGUUACUGCAGUCAACGUGGAAUGUGGAUACGAGGUAUUGCAUGCCUACCAUUGCCGCUUUCGGGUCAUGCUGCUGUAACACUUCCUCCAGCUUCUUUAAUGUGAAGAAUUAAUUAGAUUUUACGAUUAGAGAAUUAUAUUUAAGCUUUUAUACGUAAUUAAAAUUAGCUUAUUAAACUAUAUAAUGUAUA